AGGUUUAGAACAAGGAAUCUUUGAGUCUUCAGCCUGUGACACCUAGGCAGAGAGUCAACAGGAGAUAGACCAGAAGGAAGGCAAAUGUGCCAGGAUUCCUACAGCUUUGAGUGACGCUGUGGGCUGAAGUGACUUCAGAGUGCCCCCUACGAUAGCAAGCAUUGAAUUGUCUUCUGUUUUGUGAGGCUGAAGGGCUAUGGACAGUUUCAACACCAGCCUAGAAGGUGGCUUCAUUUUAAUGGGCUUCUCAGAUUGGCCUCAACUGGAGCACAUCUUUUUUAUCUUCAUUUUAAUUUUCUACUUCCUAACCAUCUUUGGCAACUCCACCAUCAUCACAAUCUCACGAAUGGAUCGUCGGCUGCAAACGCCAAUGUACUUCUUCCUCAACAACCUCUCUUUCCUGGACCUCUGCUACACCACCAGCACUGUGCCUCAGCUUCUUGUCAAUAUUUCUGGACUUGACAAGACCAUGAGCUAUGCUGGGUGCAUGACCCAGUUCUUCACAGUGCUCUUGCUGGGGGGGACUGAGUGUGUGCUCCUCGUGGUAAUGGCUUUCGACCGCUAUGCCGCUGUGUGCCAUCCACUGCACUACACUAGCAUCAUGCACUCCCUUCUCUGCCAGGCAUUGGCCAUCUCCUCCUGGGUGGGAGGCCUUGCGAUCUCCCUGACUCAGACAGGCCUCAUCAUGACCAUACCUCUCUGCGGCCGUCAUCUGAACCACUUCUUCUGUGAUAUGCUUGUUCUCCUGAAGCUGGCUUGUGAGGACACAGAGGGAAUAGAGGACAACUUGUUUGUGGCUGGAGUCAUAAUGUUGGCCUGUCCUGUAACACUAAUUCUAGGCACUUAUGCACACAUUGCUCACGCGGUGCUGAAGAUUAAGUCAGAGGCUGGGCGCAGAAAGGCUCUGGGGACUUGUGGGUCCCACCUCAUGGUGGUUUGCCUUUUUUAUGGCUCAGCCAUGUACACAUAUCUCCAACCUGUCCAUGGGUAUUCUGAGAGUGAAGGAAAGUUUGUUGCCCUUUUUUAUACCAUAGUUACCCCCAUGCUCAACCCUCUGAUUUACACCCUGAGGAACAAGGAUGUGAAGGGGGCUCUGUGGAAGGUGCUAGGGAAAUGAAUAGACUAGGAAUAAGAGGAGAAAGGUGUCUGGAUAAAAUAUUGUAUAGUGUCUCUCACACUGUCAAGAAUUCUGUACCCAACAUACUUUCCCUUAGAAGUGAGACAUAAAGAAUUUUGUGGGAUGGGGGCAAGUCUGACUGAAUAUAUUUCCACAGGGACUUUCAAACAAGAAUUGUAUUUUUUAAUGGUGUUCUUCAAACUGAGGAAAAAAUAGACAUAGCUAAAAAUAAUUAUAAAAUUUCAGAAUGCUCUAGUAUCAUAAACAGUACAUAAGCCACCCACAUCUCUAUAAAGACUAAAACACAAAACAACUAAAAAGAAAUACCACACUAAGAAAUA